UGGUACUUGCUCCAACACACUGAAAUAACUACUUCACUCAGCUGCAGAAUGCCUCAAGUUCUGAGCAAUAGCAGUUCACAGGAACAGCCUGCUGUGUAUUAUGCAUCAGAAUCAAUUGUCUGCAUUGCUAUCUUCACCAUCGUUUUCAUCAUAGGCAUCCCAGGCAAUGGGUUGGUGAUCUGGGUAGCUGGUCUGAAAAUGAAAAGAUCUGUGAACACUGUCUGGUUCCUAAAUCUUGCUGUGGCUGACAUCAUGUGCUGUUUGUCUUUGCCAUUUUUCAUUGUUCACCUGGCCCUUCGUGAACACUGGCCCUAUGGCUGGUUCCUCUGCAAAGUCAUUCCAUCAGUCAUAAUCUUCACCAUGUUUGCUAGUGUCUUCCUACUCGUGGCCAUCAGCAUUGAUCGAUGCCUCCUGGUGAUGAAACCUGUCUGGUGUCAGAACCACCGUGCAGUGAAAUUUAUAUCGCUAAUAUGCAGUGGCAUUUGGAUGCUGGCCUUCAUUUUCUGCUGCCCUGUCUUCUACUACCGUGAGACAAGCACUUACGAUGGCAAAACAGAGUGUGGGUACAAUUAUGGAGUUGAUGAUUACAUAGAUUAUCCUACAAAUGUAUCUGUAAAUGUGUCUGUAAAUGAUUUAUGGGAAGAAUACUCAACCUACAAUGGCAGUGACUUGUGGGGAGAUACCAAUGAAGGUAAUGAUUCCGUACCCCUCGCCUCGGUGGUAAUAAAUGUCACUAGGGCUGUCUUUGGCUUUGUGCUCCCCUUUGGCAUAAUGGCAGUUUGCUACGCCCUCAUUGUUUUCAGAACACACACAAAUCAGUUUCACAAGUCACACAACAGGACACUGCGAACAGUUUUGUGUGUGGUGGCUGCAUUCUUCAUCUGCUGGGCUCCAUACCAUGUAGUUGGGAUGCUCUCCAUUGUACCUAGUCUUAGAACAGGACAGAUGGAGUCCCUGAUCCUGUGGGAUCACCUUUCUACAGCACUUGCGUAUGCCAACAGCUGCAUCAACCCCCUGCUUUAUGUUUUUGUGGGACGGGACUUCAGGGCAAAGGUACGGCAAUCGGUGCAAAGAAUCUUGGAAGGUGCCUUUAGUGAGGAGCUCACAUCUUCAACCCUUCACAGAAGCCAGACUUCAGCAGACAAGAACCUGAGCAGCACCUUCUAACGCAGGACUUCUGUCACCGCUGUAGAAAGAACAAGCUAUAGCACCGGACAUCAAUCACUCUCCGCUUAGCAGGUGGUUUUGCUCCAAUAGGUUUGAUUAAUCUGCAGCUCCAGCCCAGGACACUGCAAUCUUUCAGCUCAUGACAGAUAACCCCCUUUAUAUCCUACACUAGAGAGAUGGGAAGUUGGAAGCACCAGGAAUAAUAAUCUGAGGGAUGACUGGUGAAGCAGAAGACACAGUAUUUUAACCUACACAGACUAUUUUAAGAAAGCAGGGCUGGCUACAGAUUUGUGGUGGGAAUCGUGAAGUUGAACCUCUCAAUUGAGAUAAGAAUGUUAUUUUAUUUGCAUAUGUCUGUGUUCUACAUCUCCUAUCUCUGAUAAAGUGCAGAUAAAACUAACUUGGAUAUUGGUUCUCAGAGGGUCAUCACAUCAUUCCUCUGACUCUACUAGGGCUCUGAGGUGUGUGUCGGAAUAUCUGAAGAUUCCCUAGAGGGUACUGCUACAUUUCCUUACAGCCAUGCACUAGCACAGCACUUGCCCCAGUCAGCUGCACUGAACUGACU